AAAGCCCGCUCUGUGGCGACUGCUCGUCCUACCCGAUCACUGCUCGUCUGUUGUGUGGCAGCGGAAGCCUUCUGUUCGUUUAUCUUCAAGUGUGAUAUCAACAACUGCCAAUAUGACUCAUCAGUUCCCGGCCCUGUCUCCGGAGCAGAAGAAGGAGCUCUCUGACAUUGCUCAGAGGAUGGUGGCCCCUGGAAAGGGAAUUCUGGCUGCAGAUGAAUCCACAGGCACCAUGGGAAAUCGCCUGAAGAAGAUCAACGUAGAGAACAGUGAGGAGAACCGUCGCUACUUCCGCGACCUGCUCUUCUCCGUCGACACCCUCGCCAGCAGCAUCGGGGGCGUCAUCUGCUUCCAUGAGACCCUGUACCAGAAGGCUGACAACGGCAAGCUCUUCCCCCAAGUCAUCAAGGACAAGGGAAUUGUUGUAGGCAUUAAGGUAGAUAAAGGCACCGCUGGCCUGAACGGAACCGACGGUGAAACCACCACACAAGGUCUGGACGGCCUUUCAGAACGAUGUGCCCAGUACAAGAAGGACGGCUGUGACUUUGCCAAGUGGAGGUCCGUGCUCAAGAUCUCCGACGGCUGCCCCUCCGCUCUGGCCAUCGCAGAAAAUGCCAACGUGCUGGCAAGAUAUGCCAGCAUCUGCCAACAGAACGGUCUGGUGCCCAUCGUGGAGCCAGAGAUCCUUCCAGACGGAGACCACGACCUGAAGCGCUGCCAGUAUGUCACAGAGAAGGUGUUGGCGGCUGUUUACAAGGCCCUGUCCGACCACCACGUCUACCUGGAGGGCACCCUGCUGAAGCCCAACAUGGUCACCGCUGGACACUCCUGCACCCAGAAGUUCACCCCUGAGGAGGUCGGCAUGGCAACAGUGACCGCUCUGAGGAGAACCGUCCCGUCCGCGGUACCCGGCGUCUGCUUCCUGUCUGGAGGCCAGAGCGAGGAGGAAGCUUCCCUCAACCUGAACGCCGUCAACCAGGUGCCCCUCCACCGCCCCUGGAAGCUGACCUUCUCCUUCGGUCGCGCACUCCAGGCCUCCGCACUCGCAGCCUGGCAGGGCAAGACCGCCAACAAGGCCGCUUCCCAGCAAGCCUUCAGCACAAGGGCCAAGAUCAAUGGCCUGGCCGCUAAGGGAGAAUAUAAGCCGACCGGCUCGUCCGACCAGUCCGCCACGCAGUCUCUGUACACAGCAAGCUACGUUUAUUAAACGCAAUAUUUAAAAAUGAUGAAAAAAAUAAAUAAAGAUGGACCAAAGUUGUUUGUACUUCCUGUCCUGCAAACU